AUGGAUGAUUUAGAAAAAUUAAGCUGUAAAGAAGAAUUAUUGGAUAUAAGUGAUAUGGAAAACUCGGCUAACGAUGACCACAGGGAAUCCGAGGGCAAAACAAAGAAAAAAAAACGAAGACGACGAGAAAUAGAUAUGAUAAAGCUAUCCGAUGAUGAUGAAACAGAUGAUGAAAUGCAUACAAAGAAGAAUAUAAGACGAUUAAGCCCCAUCCCCAAUUCACCUGCAUCACAUAGGGAACCUCGGACUUGUGUGUUGAAGGCUAGUCAGAAGCGCCGUCCCCUGUCUCGCCUACUAGAGCAACUGCUAAGAAACCUGGAGAAACGUGACCCGCAUCAGUUCUUUGCAUGGCCUGUAAACGACAACUUUGCACCAGGCUACUCUAAUAUCAUAAAACGUCCGAUGGAUUUUUCCACAAUUAAGCAAAAGAUUGAUGACAAUGAGUACAAGUCACUUAACUGUUUUAUAAGUGACUUCAAGCUUAUGUGUAACAAUGCUAUGAAGUACAACAAGCCAGGCACAGUAUACCAUAAAGCCGCAAAGCGUCUCCUUCAUGCGGGUCUUAAACAGCUCACGCCUCAGAAACUGCGUCCACUAGGCGACAUCCUCACCUAUAUGUAUGAAAUUCCUAUCAGAGAGCUUGGCUUUGACAUCGGCAAGAUGGAUGUGCAUAAGGUGCUGAAGCGAAGCAGUCCAAUCAAAAGCGGUGGGUCGGAAGCGGAAGUGGUGUCGGACAGCGGCAACGAGAGGCAGGACUCUGGCGACAGCGUCAAGAUACAAAUGGAGGCUGCGCGGGAACAACAUCGACGUAGACUCGCUAAGAAAGCUUUUCCUCGUAUGGAUGCUGAGGGCAAAACGACUCUAUGCCUGGUCACUAACACAGUGGACGGCAACGGCGAGGACAAACCACUGACUCUGGGCAGGUACAUUGGGAAACUCACGCAAGGCACGGGAACAUUGCACACGCCUCGAGAAGAUCGUCGCAAUCUUGCUAAGUGCGUGAAACCGUUAAAUUACGGGCCGUUCAGUUCAUACGCACCUUCCUACGACGGGACCUUCGCUACGCUGACAAAAGAGGAAUCACAUCUUAUAUACCAUACUCUACCAUACGAAAUGGGCCAAGGUAACGAAGAGAUGUUACGUUUUGCGCCGGAUUCGCCAUGGGCGUUGAUUUAUGACAUGGAAGCUAUGUUUCCGGACCGCAAGAAUCAGCCCGAGCCGAGUCCACCUCCGGAGGAAAACGACCUGUCAAAGGUAAAGGUGGACAUUGAUCAACUCCGCACGCUCUCAGAGCUGGGAAUCGAUAUGGACUUUCUCAACGACAUCGAGGACGAAAUCGUGGCUUCGCAACACGACUACGGCAUCAGCGUCCCUCUCAAGCACACAUACGAUCUCAUCGUUAAGUUGGAGAAGGAGCAACGGGAAAGACUGUCGGCGCCGCCGCCGUGGCACCUGUCGCUGUGCGCGCGUGCGAGCGGCUCGGAGCGCGAGACGGCGCGCGCGCUCGCCGCCUGGCUGCGCGGCAUGCUGGCGCGCGUGCCGCCGCGCCACGUGGCGCCGCUGCACGCGCUGCGCGCCGCGCUCGGCGUCACGCUGGACCACCUCGAUACUCCGAUGGCUGUGGACGACUUCGAGUUGGAGAUGCACGAGCAAAGGGACACAGUAUCCGACCCGGACUCGCGCUCCAGUCACGAGAAAUGA